AUGAAGGAGCAGCAACUUACAGUGGCCCUUCGCAUCCGUCCCAUCAGCGAAGCAGAAGCAGAGGAGGGAGCUGCCCUCAUUGCCCACAGACUGGGUGAGCAGGGAGUGAUCCUGAUGGAUCCAAGUGAAGAUCCAGAUGACAUCUUGCGAGCUAACAGAUCCCGAGAAAAAACAUUUGUGCUUGACAUGGUUUUUGAUCACACAGCAACACAGGAGGAAGUAUAUGUGUCCACAACCAAAAGCCUGAUAGAAGGAGUAAUUUCUGGCUACAAUGCAACCAUCUUUGCAUAUGGUCCAACAGGAGCAGGGAAAACUUACACAAUGCUAGGCACAGCCUGUGAUCCAGGGAUUUAUAUCCGCACUCUCGAUGACCUCUUUAAGGCGCUUGAAGCUACUGAGGAGCUGGAUUACAGAGUCUCCAUGUCCUACCUGGAGGUCUAUAAUGAAGUGAUUCGUGAUCUCCUGAACCCAUCCUCAGGAUUCUUAGACCUGAGAGAGGAUCCCAGAGGUAGCAUCCAGAUAGCAGGAAUUACAGAAGUCUCCACUACAAACGUUCAGGAGAGCAUGCAGCUGUUGAUGAAAGGAAACAAGCAACGCACUCAGGAACCCACUGCUGCCAACCAGACAUCCUCCCGCUCGCACGCGCUGCUGCAAGUGACGGUGACGCAGAAAAGCCACAGGAAGGCGAUGGGCGAGGAAGUGAGAACUGGAAAGCUUUUCAUGGUCGACUUGGCAGGGUCGGAGAGAGCAGCCCAGACACAGAACCGGGGCAAGAGGAUGAAGGAAGGAGCCCACAUCAACCGCUCUCUGCUGGCUUUGGGCAACUGCAUCAAGGCUUUGAGUGAGAAGGGGGCAAACCGGACCCAGUUUGUCAAUUUUCGAGACAGCAAACUCACACGUCUGCUGAAGGACUCGUUAGGAGGCAACAGCAGGACUGUUAUGAUUGCACAUAUCAGCCCAGCCAGCACCUCCUUUGAAGAAUCUCGAAUGACCUUGAUCUAUGCUUACCGAGCAAAAAACAUCAAGACACAGGUAAAAUGUAACCUGCAGAAUGUCUCCUACCACAUCAACAAGUACAGCAACAUCAUCACAGACCUCCGCAGCGAGAUCGAGUGCCUGAAGGCGAGGGUCAAAGAUCAGGAGAAGGAGAAGAGUGCAGCCAGCUCCAGCCUUGGGGAUCUGCAAGAAAUGUCUUCUCCUGCAGCAGAGAGGCACCAAGGCUCUGAGGCAGACCAUGGCCAAGUAAUGACCACCUUGAAGGCGCAGCUGAUGGGGGCUUUCAGAGAGCAAAUGGAGAUGCGCCACAGCCUGCUGGAGCUGGAAAACACAACCAUUGAGCUGCACAUCGAUACAUGCAGGCACCUCCUAACAGUCACAGACUGGGAACGAGAGAAGGCUCAAGGUGCAUGCAAGCCAGCAAAGGAGGAGAAAGAUGAAAACAAAGAGGAAGAAGACAGGGAAGUGGAUAUAGAUUCACCUGAACCUCAUGAAAUCAGAGUAGCAAGAGAAGAGAUCAACCUGCUGCUGGCAGAACAGCGCAAGAUGGUGGCCCUGAGGACAGAGCUGGAGCAGCAGUUAGCAAAUGCCAAGGAAAAAGCUUCCCAGAUGGAGGAGUUUUUCCCCAGACAAAUCACCAGUGAGGAUCAGCAGGAGGUGCUAAGGCUCCUCUGCAGAGCCCAUGAGCUUGAGCUUGGCAACACAGAGCUGCAGACAAAUACACCGUACAAGGAGAAUCUAUUAUGCCAGAAGGAUUUUGUGAUCCAGCAAUUGCAGCAGCAUAUGCUGCUCUGUGAAGAAAUUAUUUGGCAGCAGCAGAAGCUGUUAAAAGGCCAGAACAUUCCUGUUCCGGAGACACUGGAGAGGUUACAUGACCUGCAUCUCUCUGAGUUGGAGGAGGGGAUGCUGAACCGCCUGCUUCUGCUGCAUUCAAUGAUGUCCAGCAUGCUCAGGUGGCAGCUGCAGAUCAUCCAAAACUUCACCCUGCAGGAAGGAGGGUUCUCAGGACACUCAGCUCAGCUCAGCUUUCUCUGGUUUGCCAAAAAGCCCAGUUCAGCAGGGCCUGCAGAUGGUGCCAGCAGUCGGCAGAAGCAGCAGCUGGUCGCUCACCUGGGGAACCAGCUGAAGCCUCAACAGAAGUCUGGAGGGGAGCAGGACUUUGUGUAG